UAUUUGAGCAGUGAAAGCGAGUGGAAGAGAGGGGAGGAAAGGGUUGUGUUGCCAGUUGACUUCCUGUCGACAGUGCUGUACGCACAUUGUUAAGAUCCUCCGUGCAGCGAUCAGAUUGCAGAGGUCCUGAGAUGUCCGUCCUACCCUCUGGGCUCGCUAUAGUCGGGGACAAUCCGGACACUCAGAUUAAUUCAAAAGCAUGAAGAGUCGGGACAGGAGAAGAACCAGGGAACAACAGUCCGCCACGACGCGUUUCUUUUCUCAGGGCUGGUGAAAGCGGAAACCAUGUGCAGCCCCCUCAGUCCUAAGCUUCAACAGGGCCCUGGGCUCACAGAUGUGCACCUCUACAGUCAGUGGCUGGCCAGCCGCCACGAGGCCAGCUUGCUGCCCAUGAAGGAAGACCUGGCACUUUGGCUCACAAGCAUGCUGGGCCAGGAGAUUACAGCUGAGAGCUUUAUGGACCAGCUAGACAAUGGCUACCUGUUGUGUCAGCUGGCUGAGACCCUGCAGGAGAAGUUUAGAGAGAGCAGUGGCGAGAUCUCUCGCUCUAGCAAGCCCCUCCCCAGACGAAGGAUCCCCUGUCGGGCAAGCGCCCCUUCUGGUUCCUUUUUUGCCCGGGACAACACUGCCAACUUCCUGUCCUGGUGCCGUGAGGUGGGGGUGGGAGAAACAUGCCUUUUUGAAUCUGAGGAUUUGGUUCUGCAUAAACAGCCACGGGAAGUGUGUCUCUGUCUCCUGGAACUGGGGAGGAUUGCGUCCAGACACAAAGUGGAGCCGCCAGGACUGAUCAAGCUGGAGAAGGAGAUUGAGCAGGAAGAGAAAACGCCUGAGCCCCCAUCCUCACCUCUGUCCCCCUUACCCACCAAAACAUCUAGCAAGAAGAGUAUUGGAAAGCUCUUGGAUGAUGCUGUGAAGCACAUUGCUGAAGAUCCUCCCUGCAAGUGUCCCAACAAAUUCUGUGUGGAGAGGCAGUCCCAAGGCCGCUACCGCGUUGGAGAGAAGAUCCUUUUCAUACGAAUGCUGCAUAACAAGCAUGUGAUGGUUCGGGUUGGGGGUGGCUGGGAGACCUUCGAGAGCUACCUGCUGAAGCAUGAUCCCUGCCGCAUGCUGCAGAUCUCCCGUGCGGAGGGCAAGACCUCACCCGUGGCCAACAAGUCGCCCAGUAUCAAGGACCUCACCCCUGACAGCUACCUGGUGGUGGCUGCUCACUACCGAAGCAAGAAGUAAAGGAAAACUGUGAAAUCCUACUGUAGCUAUGGGUACCCAAUGGUCAAUUUAUGAAAUAGCAAGCUGAUAGUUUGGCCAGAAAUUAAAACUUCUGUUUCUAGGCCAUAAAUUCUGCAGGUAUCAUUCAGAGUAAAAUGGAAUUAGGCAAUUGGAACAGAAUGUCUUGUCCAGUAGGUUUUUCUUUCCCUUGUGCUUGUUGUGUAGUUGUAGAUUCUGUGGUAGCUGGUGGGAGUAUCAGUAUCCUUAGCUUUCAUGGAACAGAGGAAGAAGGGAUUCUAAUGUGUCAAUGGUGAAAUGUUUAACUGCACAUUGUUGUCCUUUCAAGUCAAAAGGUAUGGCUAUCUGUCUGACACAGCCUGGGAUUAAGAUUGGUGAUAUUCAAAAGGAGCAGAUGUUUUUUUAACUUUUGUGUUUUUUAAAAAAACUUAGAAACCUCUAAUAUAGACUGGUGAUCCGUAGAUUAAUUAAUUUCUGAUUUAUUUAAAAUGCUAUAGUAACAUAAUCAGUCAGAAUAGUUAAUUUGAAGCCUUGCCCUUUCUCCCUGGCUUUACAUACAGGAAUAUAACGAUAUCACUUCUCAGAAUCACAUGGCAGUUGCACAUAACAGGUGUUAUUAUAGCACCAACAAGUUCCAAACGUUUUCAAUAUGAAAUUAUGCCUAUCCAGGGCAGACACGCUGACUGUCUAUUAUAUUGUAAAAGUAACCUUGGGUGAACCCCAUUGUUCCACCUAAAACAUAGGGCCACGUAGACACAUAUCAUACUCUGAUUACAGCGACUUCUCCCAUGCAGAUGCAUUUCCUAUUUAGUCUGAUUGUUGUGAUUUGUCCCCUGCUGCAGCAGCCCUCUUGCUGAGUCAGUGGCUACCCUGUCACCGAAAGACUCUGGGUUCUGUCCCCUGCUGAGUCACACCAAGGACAUUUCCUUGCUGCCUAUCUCAUUGUGAUGAUGUGUGGGACCCGACAUUACAUAUUGACGUAAAAGCAACAUGACUCUAGUGGUGACAUUUCAAAAUUUCUAGUAAGUGUACUUCAAUGCUGGGUUAUUCUGUCUACAGAUACUGGAUUGAGCCCUGAGCAUAACUGUCCUGUCCUGAAGUAUGAUGCACUCUCAGAGACAUCUAUGUGGGAUAACUGUGUGUGUCUCCCAUAGAACAGCAAACAUUGUUACUCUUACAUUUGUGGUGAUGUAUGUUUCAAUAAAAGCAGUGUCUCUAAUGCUUAAAUUACAAUUACAACUACAAUAAACAGCAUUCUUUGUGGUUUGAAAUAUUGUGUUUACAGACCAGUGAGAAUGCUAAAAUAACAUUGAAUUAUGGCAGAUAUCAAGUGCCUAGGGUGGAGCAUGCAGUACUGCAUUAACUAAAGUACCAUUUGUGCUUUAGAGGCUUCAAUAUGAAUCCAGUUGCUGAAAAAUGUACAGUGAAUAGUAAUCUAUGCAAUGUUCUUGUCAUGUACAGACCACAACUCUUGGUUUGAAUUUGAAAGAAAAAUGUACAGUAAUGGACCAAUACCAUUGUGAACGGAAGUAGCUAACUCAGUGAGCAUUUAAACAAGGUAAUCAAAUUGAUUUCCAGUCAUUAGAAUAUGUUUAUAUGUUCACACAUCUUUUUUGUUAAAUGUUUUACUUUUGUUUCUGAACUUCAUGUACCAGUUUACCUUUGAUUUUAAGAGUAAAGGAAACUAUUUUACAAUUUUUAUUUACUACCUGUUGUUAAAUGAUAUGUGCCUAUCAUAAGCAUACAGCGGAAAUGUAGAGAUCUCAGUUGUAAUUGUUUCUCCUACUUUUGGUAUGCUUUAAAAUUUGUUUUAUUAAAAUAAAUAAAUGAACACUAAAGGGUUA